UGCCAUGGCCGGCGGGGCCAUGGCGAGCGGCGGGGAUUCAUUUCGUGUUCUGCUCCGCGCCGCUAACGCCCUCCUGCAGCAGCGCCGCUACCACGCCGCGCUCGCCGUCAUCAAGGGCUUCCGAAACGGCGCCGUUUAUGGAGCCAAAAUCCGUGCCCCACACGCCCUGGUGAUGACUUUCCUGUUUAAGAGUGGAAGUUUAAGGGAGAAGCUGAAAUCCAUUGCCCAGGCUACAUACGCUCAUUCCCGGAACCUGGCCUAUUUUGUGUUCACCUACAAGGGACUCCUGGCAGCACAGUCCCGGCUGCAGGGGAAAAAAAUCCCAUUUCAUUCUUUCCUUGCAGCCUGCAUUGGGGGCUGGCUGGUGUUUGGUGACAACAAUCCCAUCAACAGCCAGAUCAUCAUGUACCUGCUGUCCCGGAUCCUGUUUGGUUUGUCUCGGCUGGCUGUGCAAAAGGGCUACAUCCCACAGCCCAAGCAGGAUCCCUUCCCUCUCGUGGCUGCCCUGGUGUGGGGGACAGUCUUGUGGCUCUUUGAAUACCACAGGGAGACUCUGCAGCCCUCCCUGCAGUCCUCCAUGACCUACCUGUAUGAGGACAGUGAAGUGUGGCACGACCUGUCUGACUUCCUCGUUUACAACAAAAGGACAGACAGCAAAGUGUCAUACUCUGAGCCCUGGUUCUGCUCCAGGUGAAGCUCUGGGUGAUCUGUAAGUAUUGUUCUGACAAAAGCAAAAGUGUUCCAACACUUCUGCUACAUUUUGGGUUCUCAGUGCCAGUGACCAUGCUCAGACUUCUGGGAAGUGAACCUGGACUGGCUGGAGACACUAUGGAGAGGUAGAGGCUAGAGCCUGGCAUAUUCUCAAAUCACUCCUCCAUACCCCCCAGGCUCCCCAGAAUCAUUUCAGCCUCCAUUCUUCCAUGGAGUUUGAGUGAAGGAAAUGGAAGCGCCUUGUGGAAUGGAGUGGCUUUUAGUGUUUGUGGUGCUUUGGCUCAGAGGAUGAGACAAGGCUGCCCUGGCUGGGUAUGAAGAGCAGAGCAGGAGGGGAAUGGGCUCCGUGCCUGUCGCUUCCACUGAGACACUCUGCAUGAUGUGAGCUUUAAAAACAUGCCACCACAGGAGAGGAGGAGAUGUCACUGCUGAGUCUGUUGUGCCCAGCAUCCAAAAGAGGAGCUGACCUGGUAUCCUGUGAGAGGAAGGGGGCUGUGUCAUCUGUAAAAGAUGCAAGUGAACAGGCACUGCCUGGCUUUUGCUCCUGGGAUCUGCGAGGAGACACCAAAACCAGAGCUGCUGCCUUCUGCCACUGGCCGGCUUUAGACACUGUUUGUGCUUCCAGAAAAUUGCUUUGGUUUGCACAGAGCAGCGAUGGUUCAGGUGGCAGAUAAGGGACUGGAGGGUCAGGGCAGCAGAACUGGGGGGGUGCAGGCUUUCCCCAGCUGCCUGUCCCCACCACAGGAAGAUUGUGCCACACUGCCAACCCACCCUCUUGUGAACAAAUCGGUGAACUGGGAACGGGGGCGUUGGCAGGAGACCCCAGGGAAGUCCUGCUCCCCUUCGUUCCCUGUGCACGUUCCUUGUGACAGCUCAGCACACUCGUGUGGGAACUGCUGGAGGCAGGACCGACUGCGAUGACAGGGACAGUAAAGGUGCUCCUGGGACACCGCCACGCUGCCCUGAACUGAGCACCCUGAGGGGUGCAGGUUCGCAUCCUGCCAGCUCUCCUCCCACCCUGCUCCCGCUGCCAGGUGAUUUUCCAGCGCAGGUACCAGCUCUGGCUCCACCUGCAGACUUUUCCCAGCACACACCAAACUCAGCGAUUGCCGUGGGCUAAAUCCUGCUGGGGAACAAAGUGUCUGAACUUUCCAGCCUUCCUGACGGUGUCCAGGACAGAGCGGGGCCGUGCAGACAGGACUUUAUCUGGGAGCAGCACCUGCCAGACUGCUAAUCUUGGGAGCACGUCUGCACUCCUUAGCAGGGCUGGGGGGAGGCUGCAGCUGUGCAGGAGACGGGAUUCAUCUUGCUCCCCUCAUCCACAUGCAAGGAAAGCCCCUGCCCGCCCUUCUCCCAGCAGCGUUCGCCUUUCAUUUGUCUCCACAGCCGCCCCUUUUCGCGCCGCCGGCGCUGAAAGCCGUGGAGAAGUCCGAGAGAGGGGACAGAGCCUGCUCCCCCCGAAAAGCUCCUGCAUGAAUUAGGGGAGGGGUGGGUGAACCCAGCCUUUGUGAGCGAGCGGGAGCAGCUGGUGCAGCAGCUGUGUCCCAAACCCUGCCUCAUCCCAGGAAGCGCCGGGCUGAGGCUCCCCAGGGAUGGGGAGAGCAUGGCCAGCCAUGCGCUCCCGCCCGGCUGCUGGGGAUGCCUUUUCCCCCCUCCCCAGAUGGAAGAAGCAUUAACUGCAUGCAAACAUCUGGUCUAACUGUUGCUUAUGCUUCACAGUAAUGAUGAUAUUGCAGUGGAAGGGCUCUGGAGAGUGGGGCCUGGAAUAUUAGAAGGGCCAAGUGUUAAUUAACUGUAUUAAUUUCCUUUAAGCAAGGCAGCGUCUCUAUUUGCUCUCUGCCGAUGAAGAAAUGAGGCACAGCGAGUUGAUUUGAUUGGUCACGGACAUGCACCAUGUUUCUGCUGUAUUUAAGGAUGGAGGGAUGCAGGAAAAUCACGGCCCUGCUCGGUGUUGCUGCGUUGGCUGUCCCCAUGGGAAUUGCAGCCACUGCCAAAGUAUCCAGCAUAAAAUCCUUUAAAGCCAGAAACCUGUUAGGCCAGCCCAGGGGCACUGCAUGUCAGGAUCUGCUCCGCAGCAGAGGAGUUAACUCAUCCUUGCAAAUGCCUCCUGCAUCCCACGCACUGCUGGGAAGAACAGCCCAUCUCCUGCAUCCCAGGAAGGUCAGGGCUGGCAGCAGGGCUGGGGCAGGAGCCAGCACUGGCUCACAGCCUGGCCUGGCAGCAGCAGGGCGCUGGGGCCACUGUGCUUGACCAUGGACUGCUGGGGACACAUGGGGCAGCUCAUGGGGGCACAGAGGGGUGAAACCCUGGGCUCUGCUCAGAGAGCGUUUGGGUGCCUGGACCCCACUUCACACUUUCCUCAUGAGCUUCCCCACAUCUGGGCCCUGCAAAAGGCCUGAUCUUUAAAUGUUAUUUUUUUUAUUAUUCUUAUUAGCAGGAUGUACUUUUUUCCUUUUUAAUUUUGCUUCCUCAUGCAGCAGGAGGUUAUCAGUAUCCUGCAGGCAGGAGAUAGUGGUGCUGGGAGCUGCUUGUCCCGUGUCUCGUGGGUGGACACUCAUCUCUCUCAGCAUAUGGGGCCACUCCGGCUCUGUCUGCUGUCCCUGUGUCCCUGCUUCUCCCCAGGCACACAGUCCCACGGCCAGAGAUACCGCCUGGCACGGUCAAGGGUAGGUUGUGCUCCCGGCAGAGCUUUUCUUCUGCCCUGUAAGAGGGUAUCAGGCAGUCCUGAAGGGGCUGCCGAGAUCCACAGCUGUUUGGUGCUUGAAAACACAGAAUGCCGUGAAUCAUCCGCUGAACAGAUCAGUCCUUCUGUGUACGCUGGACCACCAUCUGAGCCUGACACCUCCAGACUUGCCCGACAGCCUCAUUAAUGGUCACAGGGCUGCUUUGAACAAGGAGAUGGACAACCCUGAUCCCUUCAUCGCUCAAACACUUUUAGACAAAAAUUCUGCAGACACUUUGGCCCGCAGUACAGGAGAGCUCCUGCCCCAGCACAGCUGAGCACCCACUGAUGUCCUCCAUUGCUGCGGGGGGUGCCACGGGCCUGGGACAGGCUGGAGUUGCUGUCACCCCUGGGGAAGGGGGACACACGGGGGGUAGCCAGGGCACUCCGCAGAGCCCAAAGCCACCCUCUUCCCCACCAGUGACACUCGUGAUUGGGCAGAGUCCGCAGGGCAGGGGAGCGGCGUGAACUUUGCUCGUGGGUGAAGAGGAAGCUCAACUUGGAGACGGAUCACCAGUACAUAGCAGAGAGUUUGCCAGUGAGCCGGGGCAAGGCCAGG